AUGUCCGGUAUUACUAUCACUAAGAAAGAUUCCAAGAAGGAGAAGCCAAAAAGAACUUUGGAUGACGAAGAAUUCGAAGAGUUUCCUGUUCAGGAUUGGAAUGAAAAAGCUGCCGAUGGCGAUGAUGAUGAAGUUCACGUCUGGGAAGACAACUGGGAUGAUGAAACCAAUGAAAGCGAAUUCUCCAAGCAGUUAAAGGAAGAACUCACCAAGAGUGGACAUAAGAUUUGA